CCUCUCCACCUCCAUGCACACACACACUCUCCCACCACGCAAAGAUAAAAAGCCAGCAAUUAUAACCUCUAAAAGCCCCCCCUUCACUCCUCCUCCUCACACUUUCAAACCCUAAAAACCACAAAGCCAAAAAGAAGGAAGAAGAAGACCGAAGAAACCAAAAGCUCCACAAAGAGCGCUUUCUUUUGUGCUCUUAAGCUAUGAGAGUCCCCGUUACUUCCCCACAAAACAACCAUUCUCCGAGCCCAAAAACUAACAACAACAGCAGCAGCAACAAUAACAGUAUAGCCCGGAACAUCAGUUUCCACGGGCUUAACGGUGUUCAAACCUCAUGCUAUGAGCCAACUUCCGUUCUUGAUCCUCGUCGUAGCCCUAGUCCCGUGCCCGAGAAGCCGGUUACGAAUUCUGUCGAUGUUUCAAAUUGUAUCUCGUCGGAUCCUCAUCAUCAUCAGGCCCCUUCUCCUGAGUGGGGCGAGUAUGUGCUGCGAAACAUGGACUGGGAUUCCAUCAUGAAAGACUUGGGAUUAGACGACGAAUCUGUGCCUCCUAUCAAAACUAUUAAUCCUCAGGUUAUUAGUCCCUGCGAGAAUCAAAUCCAAAGCCUCCCUGAGUUCACAUCUUGCGAGUUGACUCAUCAGUCGGUCCAUUCUGAUUUUAACAACCUUUACGAUUUUUAUUCGGAAGAGCUGAUAAGAGCCGCGGAUUGUUUCGACACCCACGAACUGCAACUCGCGCACGUGAUAUUGGCGCGGCUCAAUCAGCGGCUACGAUCUCCUUCGGGCAAACCGUUACAGAGAGCCGCUUUUUACUUCAACGAAGCUCUCCAGUCUCUGUUCACCGGGUCAACUCGGUCGACUCGGUUAUCUUCAUGGAGUGAAAUCGUGCAAACCAUCAAAGCCUACAAGGCCUUCUCCGGAAUCAACCCUAUUCCCAUGUUCAACCACUUUACGACCAAUCAAGCUCUCCUCGAAGCCCUGGACGGUUCAGCACCGUUGAUUCACAUCAUCGAUUUUGAUAUCGGACUGGGAGGCCAAUACGCUUCUUUAAUGAGAGAAAUGGCUGAAAGAAAUUAUCAUUCCUGCAAGUUCAUUCGAAUAACCGCCGUGGUUCCCGAGGAGUAUGCCAUUGAGACAAGGCUUAUCAAAGACAACCUUUUCCAGUUCGCUCAAGACCUUAAAUUAAGGUUCCAGAUUGAAUUUGUUCUCCUUCGAACCUUCGAAAUGUUGUCUUUAAAAGCUUUUAAGUUCAUCGACGGGGAAAAAACGGCAAUCCUUUUAUCUCCGUCUAUUUUCCGAUGUCUCAGUUUAAACGUCGCAGCGUUUCUAAGUGAUCUUCGGAGGGUCAAUCCAAGCGUCGUCGUCUUUGUAGAUAGCGAGGUGUGGAUGGAGUCAGGCACGACGUCGUUUCGGAAGAAUUUCGUUAACGGCUUGGAGUUUUACGCCAUGAUGUUCGAGUCGUUGGACGCGGCGGUCGCGGGUGGGGAAUGGGUGAGGAAGAUAGAGACGUUGUUGUUGCGUCCGAGGAUAUUGGCGGCGGUGGAGGCGGCGGCCAGGAGGACGACGCCGCCGUGGAGGGAGCUGUUUGUGGGGGCGGGAAUGAGGGCGGUGCAUUUGAGUCAGUUUGCGGAUUUCCAAGCCGAGUGUUUGUUAGGGAAGGUUCAGGUUACGGGAUUCCACGUGGGUAAAAGACAGGCUGAGUUGGUGCUUUGCUGGCACGAGAGGGCCUUGGUUACCACGUCAGCUUGGAGGUGUUAAGCCGUAGCCUAGCUGGAUUUAGGAUUAGGAGGAGGAGGGCGGCUGAUUGGGGAUGUAAUUGUACGUAUCCUGAUCCAAUUUAAAUUUUUGCUUUGUUUGGAUCUUUCCAUGUUUUAGUAUCAAGUAUGGUAUCUUGGUAUGAUUUGGUGUAGUUAUAAUGAAAGAGCUGGGGAUACCUUUUAGUUUUAGGUGGCCUUGUUUCUUCUUAUCCAGUAUUCCAGUAAUAUGUAUAUCCAGCAUAACAUAUGAGUCCUCAAACAAAACCGUGUACCAAAAACUGAUGUAUUCCAAGGGGGCAACCCCCCAAUAAUGAAAUCAAAUUUUUUAGGUUUGCUUUUUUCUUUGA